CUCGUGUGCACGAGGUAAACACGGCUCCCAUGACAAUUAGAAUGGAAUGAUACGUGGAGAAGCGUCGACCAGCCCCAAUCAUCAUGUACGGUUUUGUGAAUUACGCCCUCGAGCUGCUGGUUGUGAAGACCUUUGACAGCGAGACCUGGGAGGCGAUAAAAAAAGAUGCCGCCGUUAAUAUGGAAGGACAGUUUCUGGUUCGCCAGAUAUAUGAUGACGAAAUUACGUAUAACAUAAUAUCGGCAGCUGUCAAUCGGCUCAAUAUACCGGCGAACGAGAUCCUCGAGCUGUUCGGCCGGAUGUUCUUCGAGUUCUGCCAGGACUCGGGCUACGACAAGAUUCUUCAGGUGCUCGGGGCUACGCCCAGGGACUUUUUACAGAACUUGGACGCCCUUCACGAUCAUUUGGGCACCCUGUAUCCGGGAAUGAGGGCGCCCUCUUUCCGAUGCACCGAGAGGCCCGAGGAUGGCGCGCUCAUAUUACAUUAUUACUCCGAUCGACCUGGAUUGGAACAUAUCGUGAUCGGCAUAGUCAAGACCGUGGCGAAAAAGCUUCACGGCACGGAUAUAGAGAUGCGAAUAUUGAAGACAAAAAACGAAUGUGAUCACGUGCAAUUUUUGAUCACCAACACGUCCGGCCCUGGGGUUGUUUCAAACCCCAUGAUUGCAGAACUCGAGACUUUAUCUGUUGAGCCAAAAGUGAGUCCAAUGACGUUCUGCCGAGUUUUUCCAUUCCACCUGAUGUUCAACCGAGACCUCAUCAUCGUUCAAACUGGAUGCACUAUAACACGAGUUAUACCUCAAGUAUGCUCCGGUAAUUGCAAGUUGAACGACAUCCUUCUUACCGUCAGGCCACAUUUAGAAUUGACAUUCGAAAAUAUUCUGUCACACAUAAAUACGGUUUAUGUGUUGCGAACGAAGAAGGGUGUGAUGCGAGUCGACGCUUCGGAAGAAUAUUCGUAUCUACGUUUAAAAGGUCAAAUGUUGUACAUACCUGAGUCAGACCUCGUCACCUUCCUUUGUUAUCCUAGCGUGAUGAAUUUGGACGAUCUAACCAGGCGAAGCUUGUACCUGAGCGACAUCCCCCUUCACGACGCCACCAGAGAUCUCGUACUGAUGUCGGAGCAAUUCGAGGCUGAUUACAAAUUAACGAGAAACUUGGAAUUGCUUACCGAUAAAUUGCAACAGACGUAUCGCGAGCUCGACGGCGAGAAGCAGAAAACCGACAGGUUGUUGUACUCGGUGCUACCCAUUUCCGUGGCGAACGAGCUCAGGCACUCGAGGCCAGUUCCGGCGAAGAAGUACGACUGCGUGACCCUGUUGUUCUCUGGAAUCGUGGGCUUCGGGGCCUACUGCGCCGCUCACACGGACUCCAGCGGUGCGAUGAAAAUCGUCAACAUGCUUAAUCAGCUGUACACCGCGUUCGACGUGCUCACUGAUCCGAAGAAAAAUCCGAACGUGUACAAGGUCGAAACUGUUGGUGACAAAUACAUGGCCGUGAGCGGAUUACCGGAACCAUGUCGUUGCCAUGCACGGUGCAUCGCUCGUCUCGCUUUGGAUAUGAUGGAUCUAGCCGCUGACGAAGUGCAGAUCGAUGGCGAGCCAGUGAAAAUCACCAUCGGGAUCCACAGCGGGGAGGUCGUGACCGGUGUAAUUGGGCAUCGUAUGCCCCGUUACUGCCUGUUUGGAAACACCGUGAAUCUGACCAGCCGAACCGAGACAACAGGGGAGCCCGGCAAAAUAAACGUCUCCGAGGACGCGUACAGGUACCUGUGCAUGCCAGAGAACCAGGAUUCUCAAUUUCUGCUUGAAUACAGAGGACCCGUGACUAUGAAAGGCAAAUCGGAACCGAUGAACGUUUGGUUCCUGUCCAGAGAAAGGGAGCUAUCCGCGUAAAUUCGCAAUCACUAUGGCAGCCGCCAUUUUAGCAAUACUUUUCGGCUCGAACUCUUUAUUCGUUUAGCGCGUUCUAUAGAUUUUUACAAUGCUAAUAUUCCAUGUGAUCUUUGACUAUCGUAUGAAAUUGUUGAAAAUAUCUUUGUAAAAGUACGAUAUUUAAUCCUAGGAUGACUUCGAUUAAGAGAAUUUAAUUCAUAGAUUCUUCUAUUUUUUUUUUGUAAUUAUUAAAAUUUGCUUCUUCUUUAAUUUCGAAGGUGUUGGCUAUAAAAAUUAUUUUUGAUUAUUAAAGAUACGUGAUCUUUGUGUACAAUAUAUAUUUACGUAAUAGUUAGAUUGUACUAAAUUAGGCUUAAACGUUAGGUAGAAAUCAAUAGUGAAAAGUUUUAUCGAGAAUAAUAAUUUUUGCAAUCGUAAAAUUCUGUCAUAACAAUGUAUAUUACUCGCAAAUUACAGUUGAAGAAUUAUAGUAACCACCACGAUACACGAAUAAACCGCACGAUAUAAAAGUAAUCGUACGUUUCAGCAAAAAUGUAUUGAGAAAUAUAAGGAUAAGAAGAAAGAGAAAUUUCAACAGUAACAAAUAGCCUCGAAGGAAUAAAAUUUAAACGAAGAACGUUUUCUACGAAUUCGUCGACUCGUUAGGCAACAUUCGAUCCUAAAACGUUACAACACUUAUAUAUAUAUAUAUGUAUAUAUUAUUUGCAUUUCUAUUCACGCGUUACCAACACGUUCAAUUCUUCAAUCAGAAGAAGAAGAAAAAGAAAAGAAAAAAAAAGAAAAAAGAAAAAAAACGAAACAAAAUUUAUCAUUAAUAAGAACUCUUCCUAGAUUUAAUUCGUGCUAAAUACGGUUCCUCGUCAAAUAUAUAUCAACGUCCGCGAACACGAAUGUCCAGUUACCAACUUAACGACCAGUGUUUAUCACUUGUAAAUGUAAGAGGCAAUUAAAUAUAAAUGUCAUCGAUACCGUAUAACAUGUCCAUCGACGUUAUGCGAAAUUUCUUUCCCCGUUUCUCGCUCGUACAGGUUGUCGCCAUAGUCACACAGGUCGCCAGAGGUGUAGGAUGGCCUCGCCCUUAAACGAGGAAAUAAAAAAGAAAAAGAAAAGGGGAAUGGGGGGGGGAAAGGAGACGAGCAGAGAGGUAGCUCGAUGGAAUGUUUCGAAGCUGGAAGGUGUAACGGAACCUGUUCUGCUAUCCAACGCGUCCCACGCAAGGUCAAUACACAGAUAUCUCGCGCUCAACACGAUCAAAGAUGCGACACAGAUUCCAACCAUCAUUUUUCCUUCUUUUCCUGGUGGACGAGGAAUAUCUCAAUACAACGCUUCGUGCCGCGAAAGUAAUAUAUCAUGCUUGUUAGGAACCGGACAAGGAGUCUUGGUUCUUUUAUAUAUUUACGAGUUUCAUUCCCCCAUGUGUUAUACAAUCAUCUACAAAAAUCUUGGGUGGAAAAGUAAAGAAACAUUGUGAAAAGUAAAUUUUUAUCUCGACGUUUCUUCGAUUUUUGACGCGUAAAUUCAAUGAUGAAUCGAUUUAAUUUUUGUUUUUUUUUUUUAUUAUUAUGGAAUGUUCAAUGUUAAUUCUAAAGUGAAAUUUUAACAAUAACUUUCUUUGAAUCAAUUUUGAAAGUCUCCUCGGAUGAUUGUAUGUAUAUCGUAUGUAUAAUACAUGUGUACAUUUUAUUUUGUAUUUCAUUGGUGUUUUGUUGCAUAUUGUUUGAAAAUAUUGUCUAACGAAUGAUAAUCAAGUUAAUAGUUGCAAUUUGUUUCAUUGAUUUUACGACUCUUUUAUUAUUAUUUGUUAUUUACAUACAUGUAAAUGGUAAAUUCGAAAUUACACGUAUAAUUAUUUAUAACGUUAUUAGAAGUACAAGUAGGUUACGUGUAUUUACCAAGAUUUAUAAGUUAUAUCUUUAACUAUUCACGUGUUAAAUAAUGAUAAUAAUAAUGGUAACAUCUCUGAACAGUUAAGAAUAUCUGUAUACCUAUUUAUUAAUGUUAAAUUUCUGUGAAAUAACUACGUUAUAAUAAUUACGUUAAAACCUGCAAGCAUAUGACAAAUAUAAGUGAACUUGAUAUUUAUUGAGUAAAUAAUCUUUGUACGAUUUGAUUAAUAUAAUCUUCGUACAAAUAGUAAGUACGAAUACUGGAAAGAAAAUUAAAUUAUUAAAUAGGUUGAGUCCUCUCUCAAACAAGCUUUAUACGAAUAUUUCGUUUAAUAACUUAAAAAGCAAUUUUAUGCAUACAUAGCACGUAUAUAUAAUAUUAUAUUAAUUCUUUCAUCAAUUUUCUUCUCCAAUGAUAAGUAAUUUCGAAUGAUGAAUAAUAUUCAAUAAUAAAUUGAAGAAUUCUAAACUGCAAGCAAUUGGAUUAACAUAUA